AUGGUCGGUAGCAUCUCGACUGUAGAUUACGCUUACACCACCCCGACUCUGUCUUUGAAGAGGCGUCGGAACUUUGACCGCGAUUCCCGAGGAGCAAGCGCUAGUUCGAGUGCGAUUAAGAUAUGCAACUUUGAUUUCGAUGACGACGAGCUACUAACUGUAGUAGAUGAAGCUGAAGGCAAUUUGCACCGUAGCAGUGGCCGUACGAAGGCCGAAUCACCGGCAGAAGAGUCUGACUCAGAUGUAUGUUGUGCAGAACUAGGCGAUGGUAUGGAAAUAAGGGCUGUAGAGUACGACACAGAGUUUUGGGAGCCCCUAAUAGACGGCGUACUUGGUGGCUCUGAUGCAACAGAUGUUAUGUGUCCUAGUAGAGAAGGUUUCGAUCCUAAGGCUGUUGAGUUUGGGGUUAGGUGCGAUAUCCUCCGAGGGGUCUCUGGACAAAGAGAAGCUGUCGUGAAUGUAUUGGACGAUGCAACGGUGGAUAGCGUAGCAGCGGCAAAGAGCAGUGUACAGAAGUCUGUGGACACCUAUCGAGGAGUUGGAAAUGUGAAUGCAUAUGGACGGGGUGUUGGUGGACAUGAGACGUAUUCUGGUGUGAUAAACCCAUUUGGUAACUAUGCAGACGCGGAGGUUCCUCCCGCCGUUACUGAAUUAGUAUUGCUACCACCGCGGACGCGUAGGCCGUCUGGGAGGCGUAAGGAGGGUAGGAUUGCGUCAGUUGGAGAGAUACCGGGGACGAGGUCUAAGAAGACGGAACCUAACAAGUGUUCAAGAUGCACGCAACCUGGGCAUAAUCGUACUAGCUGCACGAAUCCGAUAUGA